GCCAGCAGGUUAGAGUGCGCUGGAGCUGGUGACGCUGCAGCCGCAGUGCUGCGCUCGAGCCCUGACCCUGAUCAUGGUCCUGGUCCUGGAUGUGCUGAUAGUGGGAGCGGGUCCACACGCUCUCACUCUGGCUUCUCUGUUGCAGACUCCCUGCAAUGCUGCUGUCACCUCCUCCUCCUCCUCCUCCACCUCCUCCUCAAUUUUAAAUGGCAUUUUGCUGAGUAAGAGCAAAUCCAGAAGACCUCGCAGGGCAGCGACCAAACAGCCAGACAGUGACUUUUCUGAAACAAAUGGUAUUAGAAGUCAUACAAGUGAAGACAAUAUACAGAUACCGGCACUUCCAACUACAUUGAAUGUAAAGGUUGUGGAUACAUAUGGCCAGUGGGUGAGGCUGUGGGACCAGCAGUUCACAGCACUAAAUAUUCCUCAUUUGCGAUCUCAUACGUUGGUGCAUACUGAUCCAUUCGACAAGGCAGCAUUGCAAAAAUUUAUAUCAUUGCACGAGCGAACUGAUGAAUUGCACUUCUUGUCUGAUCGGGUGUACAUUCAGGACGAGAAUGCCUUUUUCAAUGACAACCGUUUGGGGAAAAAGGACAAAAAAAAGUUGUCGUCCAGUUCUUCACUGAAGCACAAUCUCUAUUUCAGUGUGCCUGGCGCAGUAUUGAUAAUGGAUUUCUUUGAGGAUCAGGUUAGGAAAUACCAUCUUGAAAACAGUGUGAUACCAGGUACUGUUGAGAAAAUUAUCCCGAUCCUGACCCCCUGCACAGAACCACACAGCAGUGAACCCAAGCAAACCCAAUUCUUUCAAGUAGUACUUGAGAGCGGAGAGACGAUUGAGGCUCGCCAAGUUGUUCUUGCGACGGGACCCACCAGAGCUCAGAUGGCUAAUAUCCCAACAUGGGUCUACACAAUAAGUGAGAGUUACCCUGAGGAACGUCUUCAACAUACAGUACAGCUCAUGCAUCAUCAGGCUGUCAGUCGAGAGAAAAAUGCUGCACCUGAUGUUUGCCAGAAUGGAGAAGCAGUUCUGGUGAUUGGCGGAGGCCUUACCAGUGCUCACGUUGUUCACAUUGCCCUUCAGCAAGGCUCUCGACACGUGACCUGGGUCAUGCGUAAACAUUUACAGCUGAAACAGUUUGAUGUGGGUGAUGUUGAAACCUUGGUCGGACGCUAUUCACAUGUGGAACAUGGGAUUAAACUGGACGGGCUUGCCUAUCUGCGCCAGUUCUAUAAUGAGAGGAGCCUACAUAAACGUCUUGCUAUGAUACACCAGGCAAGAAAAGGGGGAGCAAUAACUCCAGAGAUCUAUCAGCAGCUGAAACCUUACAUGGGGCAGGGUCUUCUCACUGUUGAAACCUAUUGUCAGGUUUCUGAAGCUGGGUGGUCUUACAAAAACCAAUUAUGGAAAGUGGCUUUAAGUAAUGGCAAGCUGUGGAGUGGUGACCGCAUCUGGCUGGCUACUGGCUGCAAACUGGAUGUUUCUCAGGAUCCUUUGCUCUCUGACACCAUGCGAGAGUUUCCCAUUCAGGUUCUGGAUGGGUGGCCAGCUGUCAGGGAGAGCCUGCAGUGGGCAUCAGGUUGUGAUCUCUACCUCAUGGGCCAGUAUGCAGCUCUUCAGGUGGGUCCCCAUGCAAUAAAUUUAGCUGGCGGUCAGGCAGCAAGCACAAGGAUUACAAAGGCUAUACUUCAGAAGCAUAAGAGAUGGAAUGGAGACUGUAUGGCACUUGAAGAGCAAAAUCUUGAAAAGAACAGAGCUGAGGAAUAUGUUCAGCAUAUGUAUGGACUGAUGUGGCUGUGAGGAAGAACAUCCUCAAAGGGAUGAAUGUCUUAUAUACUGGAAUUUGAAGGGAAUGGAACUUGGCACUGGUGGUGAGAGUGGAAUUUCUCUUGCAUCUAGAUUUCUAAAUGUGCAACUUUUGGGCAAAUCUUCUAUUCAGUCAUAGAAUUACACAGCACAGAAGGAGGUCAUUCAGCCCAUCGUGUCUG